CAACGCGUGUUUGGGAGGGAGGUGUUCUCUCACCACCUCACACCACCCUCCAUUCACCCUCAACCCGCUUUGCUCCUGGCACGAGGGCGUGCGCACUGUUCAUAUGCCGUCCAACUCCCUCCUCCCUUCAUGAUGCAGCCGGCGGAAAAAACCGCAACUUCCACCUCCCGCUGUCCAAGCUCAGCGGCCGAUAUCUCGUUUUCCCAGGAAAGCCAUAAAGGACGCUUGUGUUCGUGUCCUCCGUCUUUCCGCCGUCUGUCCGUCUUCACUAUCAUUCAGGACUUCUCACUUCCGUCGGAGUGUACUGUAUCUGUGUGUGCCAAAGUCACUGCGAAAGGUCCCCUGUCAUCCCCAACGACCUCCCUAUUACGGUGACGCGACAUGGGCAAAGUCUGUCGCAUUGUCAACCAGCCUCCGCUAGUUGGAAAGACCCAAUAUGAGAUAAUCAUAGUAGGAGCAGGAAUCCUCGGCUCAGCCCUUGCAGCAACCCUCGGAAACGACGGCCGCGACGUAUUGGUGAUUGAGCGGGAUUGGAAGGAACCCGAUCGCAUUGUCGGGGAGCUGUUGCAGCCAGGCGGCGUGAGGGCGCUGGAGAGGCUGGGCCUUGAAGACUGCCUCGAAGGCAUCGAUGCGAUCCCCUGCAACGGCUACGCCGUCUUCUAUCACGGCGACGAGGUGCGACUCCCAUACCCGACCGACAAGCUGCCCAACGAGGGCAGGUCCUUUCAUCAUGGCCGGUUUGUCGGGAAGUUGAGGGAGAGGGCUAAAGGGGCGGAUAACGUGACGGCAUUGGAAGCUUCUGUUACGGAACUGAUCUCGUGCCCUGUUACCGACAAAGUGCUGGGCGUGCGAUACUCAUACAAGGACUCAGAAGGAACCAGCCUCACCGCCAACGUCUACGCGCCGCUAACAAUCGUAGCAGACGGCUGUUUCUCACGGUUCCGCAAACAUGUCAACAACACACCCGUGCAGUCGAAAUCGCAGUUCGUAGGGAUGAUCCUCGAAGACUGCCCUUUACCUUACCCCAACCACGGCCACGUCAUCCUCGCCGACCCUUCGCCCAUCCUCCUCUACCAGAUAGGAACCCACGACACCCGUAUCCUCAUCGAUAUCCCCGGCAAGCUCCCCUCCUCAUCCACCGGCGCUCUCCAAACCUACCUCACGACCCACAUCGCGCCGCAACUACCCGCCACCCUCCGAUCGGCCUUCCUCACCGCGCUCGCCACCCAACGUACGCGGACGAUGCCGAAUAGUUUCUUACCAUCGACUGCGAAUACGACACCUGGGGUGCUGUUGUUGGGCGAUGCGAUGAAUAUGAGGCAUCCGUUAACGGGUGGGGGAAUGACGGUUGCGUUGUGGGAUGUUGUGAGGGUUAGGGAGGAGGUGCUUGUAAAGGGCGAGGUUGGGGAUUUGAGGGUGGGAGAGAAGGAGGAGGAGGGGAAGGAGGAGUGGGAGAAACGGUGGGAAGUGGAACGCAAAGUGGGACGACGGGUGAAGAGCAUGCAUUGGAAACGGAAAGAGUUGAGCAGCGUGGUGAAUGUGCUUGCGCAGGCGCUCUAUUCCUUGUUUAGUGCUGGUGAUGACCCACACAUGAAAGACCUCCAACGCGCCUGCUUCGCCUACUUCAAGCUCGGCGGGACCUGCGUCUCGACACCCGUUGGUCUGCUAGCCGGGUUGAUCCCGGAACCGAUGACGCUGGUGGGCCACUUUUUUGCGGUGGCGCUCUAUGGCGUUUGGUUGAUUCUGACGGGGCGGAUUGAUGCGCCGACGACGAGUUCGAUCGCUCGGGAAGGGAAGGAGGGGGAAGGCGCUGAGGUGGUUGACGGAGCGGGAGGGGGAGGAGGGGGAGGAGAAGGGAGGUUGGUUCGACCCGACUCGGCCAAAGAUCUUUCCGGAGUUCGAAAACGUAUCACCCCCAACUCAUCUUCAUCAGACGACGUCCCAUCCGUCACAUCCGCACCACACACACCACUACCAACCCUCACGAAAACAGCAGCGCAUCCAACAUGGCCCAAAACCCUCCUCGCCCUCCCCCAUAACACAGCCCGCAGCGUCCUCGCAAUUUACACAGCCUGUGUGGUCAUUUUACCCGUGCUUUGGAGUGAGGUGCAGCCGUAGGGAGCCCUGGGGAACCGUAGAGGGUGGUAUCUUGCUUUCUCUUCACACUUUUACUUUGUAGACCUUUUAAUGAUGGACCUAUAUCGGUUGUGUAUUAGUACAUAUGGCGC